UCACUGCACUAAACAUUAUGUCUGCAGGCUAAAGAGGCAAAAGUAAAUGCCCGUCGGAGUCUUUUAUUUUGAAGACCCCUCCAUCCGACCCUGUUGUGUGCAUCUUCGAGAUGUGUAGAUACGUAUUUUGAAAUGCCCGCUCUGGGGUCAGACACGUGAGAUGAGCGCAGUGAGGGUAUUAAGUGUGUGGCGGAGUCGACACUUGAAUUGUCGCUGUUUUGUAGGGAACACGCGAAUAAACGAUUAUAAAGCGCCACGAGGUUUCCUGCGUCUUUUCAGAGAUUUCAGUACUGAUGAAGGUACUGUAACUUCCGGGAGAAAAAGAGGCCUGAGAGCCGCUGAUGUCGCAGAAAGGCUUCGGCGUGAAAAACAUGAAAAGACAGAAACGGCAAAUAAGGUUCCGGUGUCUCCUGUGCAACGGAAUGUGGCCGAACUGAAGCGGUUCACUCAGAAGCUCCAGUUUGUCCAUCCAAAUGUUUUCGCAAAAGCACUUUCUAACAGUAUUCUGUACCAAGAUCAGAACAUCAUCGCUAUAAAUAAACCAUAUGGAGUCCCAGUUUACAGUACUGGAGGCAUCGGGAACAGCAUUGCAGAGAGUCUGCCGGUCCUGGCUAAGAUUAUUGACGGUAUUAAAGGAGGAUCCGAGCUGCACGUCUGUUACAAUCUCGAAAAGGACACCACCGGCAUUUUGUUCCUAUCCAGGACGGAGGAGACUGCCGAGCAAAUACACAAUCUCAUCAGAUCUCAUGAGGCAGAGAAGAGAUACAUGGUGAUUACUGUUGGCGUCCCUGUUCCUUCAGAAGGAGUCAUUGACAUCCCAAUCAUUGAAAAGGAAGUCAUGGGGGACCAGCAUCACUUUAAGAUGGGUCUGAGUCCGCUGUACCGACCUGCUGAGGAGGGAGACGGGCUCGUCCGAGUGAGAGCGCACCGGCAAGCGCAAAGUGCCGUCACGCGCUACAAAGUCCUGGACAGCAGCUCACGAUGCAGCUUGGUGGAGCUCCAGCCAAUCACAGGAGUGAAACAUCAGCUGCGGGUUCACAUGGCAUUAGCAUUGGCUUGCCCUAUUCUGGGAGAUCAUAAGUACGCCGACUGGAACAAGCUGGCUCCUCAGAAGUUACCGGAAGGUGUGCUGCGGCGGCUCGGACUGGAGCAGAGCAAAACCCGACACCUUCCUCUCCACCUCCAUGUCCGACAGAUCACCCUACCAGGAGUCAGGGGUCACAGUGACCUCACUGUGUCCUGCCCACUUCCCAAGUUCUUCACAGCGGCUUUGAAAAAACUGCAAAUCGAGCUGCCUGAGAAGCCAUAGGAGAUGAGCACCACUUCGGAUACGAGUGUAAACUCGAACAAGAGACCAUGGUUCACAGGAGGUCAGAUAGCUGGCAUUGAAUAAAGUGAAAACAAGAUACAUCGCCUGGAAGGUGCAUGCAAGAAGCAACCACCUGGAUCUAAUUGCUUGGAGCUGUGCUGACUUGGAUGAUUUAUGGGAUCCUGCUUGCUUCAGUUUGGUGCAACAUAAGAAUUUUACUGAUUAUUUAAUGAAUCCCCCCACAAUCCAAAUAAAUUGAAACUGUAUUGUUCAUCA